CUAGCAUCUUCUUAUCCAAUAAGAAAUCGAAUCCCGACGCUACAUUGGUCUUAUUUUAGUGUUUACUGUGGCUCGACUGAAAUCAUCUUUCGGCAUAAAGUUUCCGAUCUUGCUAUGAUCUUAAAGCUCUAUUUGGUUUCAUUGCAGACGGAUACAACUUCUGUUCUCUUGGAAGCAGUGCAAUACAUACGGUUUCUUCAUGAACAAGUUAAGGUUUUGAGUGCUCCGUAUCUUCGAACCACACCGACAAAUAACGUGCAGGCUAGCAUUAAACCGAACCGGGACAUAGAGCACUAUAGCCUGAGGAGCCAAGGUUUAUGCCUCGUCCCAAUCUUGUACACCGUCGGAGUUGCUCGUAGCAACAACGGUGCCGAUAUUUGGGCUCCCAUCAAGACUUCAUCACCGAAAUUUGCCAAGGGUAUAACACCAUUCAAUUGAACAUAGUUUUCUUCAGCUGCAACCUGCAGUAGUCUUUGAACUUAACUCGAAUCGGGUUUAACAGGUAACCGACUUGAUAUCGAAUGCACAAAAUUUCCUAAUCUGAUGCAAAAAUUUAAAUGAAGCACUAUAAGAUAGGAUGUUCAUAGGCAAAAACUAUUAGGCUUUGAUGGGU